UUAAUGUAGAAAAUUUCAUUUAGAUUUAUAAUAAUAUAAUUUAAAAAAGAAGAUUUAUAAUUGUUUAUAGUUUCAAAUUAAUGAUGGAAAUAGACACAUGUCACGAUAAGGAGAAUAUAAUAUGCUCUGAUAUUAUCAACGAUGAACGCCAACCUACAAUAUCUAAAAAUGAAAAUUCUAAUAUAAAAGGGGAUCCACUUCAUCUUAAAUUUGUUUGGAAUAAACAAACGUAUGACAUAGAUUCACUUGGCAUGCUUAAUUCAGUUUUAGAGUUAAGAGAAAAAAUUAAGGAGAAAACAGGAAUACCCAUAGAUAAUCAAAAGCUCAUGUUUAAAGGUUUAGUCAAAGACGAUUCUUCAACAUUGAAAGACAUUAAUGUUAUAAACAAUUCAAAAUUUAUGGUUGUUGGAUCUACUGCACAUGAUAUUGAAACUAUAAAAACUAUAUCUCCUCACCAGAUCAUUCAAGUGCAGCAGGCAGAUGCAGCUUCAAGUAAAGAGCCUUUAUGCAAACAGAAGAUGCAUUUAAAAGUACUAGAGAAAGGAAAGCCUGACGAUGUUCCUCCUGGAAUUAAAGGUUUGAAGGAGAAGCUGCCAGCGUUUCCACUUUCUGGAUUUAUCAAUAAGGCUGGUGGUAAAGUUAGACUUACUUUUAAGUUAGAAAUGGAUCAACUUUGGUUAGGUUUUCUGCAGGUUUGAUAUUGGUGCACUUCAACAAAGAGUGAUCAAAUUAAAGAAAAUGUUUAGUUAACCAGAUUUCACAGUUUAAAAGACAAACAUUGAGUUAUAUGAAAUAGUUAUUAGGAGACAAUAUCUUCUCCAUGUUAAAAUAUUUUUUAUACAAUAUAUUAAUAAGAAUAGUA